GUACAGUACUACAACACCAUGAUAUUAAUUUAUAAACCAUUGAUUAUAGACUAUUCAGUUAAUCAGCUAUACACUUUUAAAGGAAUCCCUGCCUAAUUAUAGAAAAAGAUUAAGUCAUUUACUACUCUAUAGUAACACGUUCGUGAACGGUUGAGUGGUGACGGGUCAUUUUGUGAUAUCGGUUUUCACUUUUUCAGUAUUCACUAUUCAGUGCACUGCUACGGCAGUAUUUCGAGUGUGCAGUGUUGUAGGCUGUGGUAGUGCAGUUCCCAGUUCCCAGUUCCGCAAAUUUCCCUGCAUUCCAACAAACGACUGUUGUAUCCGUUGGGCGUUGAGUGGUUCGAUUCGAUUAUUGGAGUAUCCAUCUUCGUUUUGCUUUCCGCCGGCCCAUAAGUCUUGCAAUUCGCUGAAAUCCAAUUAAAAAUAGUUGAGUCCAAUUAAACUUUGUCAUUGUGAUCGUGUGCGAAUGUGUGAUACAGAGUACUACUAAGUAGUGACGGAUACGAGAGAGUGUUUGCAACCACUGACUACACUCAACCUAUUCAGCCAUAGUGUGAUUGUGUGAGACGUGACUUCGUAAUUCAACAAAUCAGAAAAAUGGAUGACUUGGAUUCAGUAAUACUCAACCUAAAAGCUUGUCUAAUAUCUACCAAAGGUGGAAUACAAUUAAGUCAAAUAGAAAAUGAAUAUUUUAAAGUAACUGGCGAACGAAUUCCAUUAAGGCAGUUGGGAUUUUCAUCAUUAGAAACCUUAUUACAAUCCUCUGGAAAGUUUACAAUUCAAAAUUAUGGUGGAGGUGCUAUUGUACAAGCGUUAGCUACUAGUAAAACACAACAUUUGACUGAGCUUAUCAAAAAACAGAAAUCAAAACCACCAAAAAAAAAACCAUUUAUAGGUUUUAAAAAUGCUCCGAGAAAAUUUGGUUCUUCAAAUACCUAUAACGGCUAUAAUAGACCUAAACAGCCACUAAGACAAGGAAAUAGUGGCUUGAAUUAUGGACCUCCUCGAAACAACUAUCAAGGUACUUCUAUUCCUAAUCACACCAACAGUCAUAAUAAAACACAGUCAUCACAUAGUGAUAACAGGCAUAAUAAAUUCAAUAAUUAUGAGCCAAAAACAUUUGAUCAGAAUAAUUAUAAAAAGCCUCAGUUUCCUAUAAACAACUAUAGUAAUAAUACUAAGAACUAUAAUGGAAACUUACAAUUAAAUUCUGAUGUAUGUUUGCCUGAAACUAAAACUUUGAAUAAUCUAUCCAAUGACAAUAGAAAAAAUGAGGUUAAAUCAGUUCCAAUUAAACAUGACAUAUAUGUAUUAAAUGAAAAUACCAACAAUUAUAAUAAAUUGGAACAAAUUCCACUUACUAGCAGUUGCAGUAGCUUAGAAUCAACAUAUAGUUCUAGUUCUGCUAGUUACAAACCUAAGCAUUCAUCACCGGACAAACUCCAAACAGGAGAUACAGCCAAUAUAAAUAACAAAGAUACAAUUCCAAAAAAUAACAUUAACAUGCAGGAGAAUAAUAGUGAAUUUAAGAAAUCAUCACAUAAAUCUAUUCAGAAGUUUCCAUCAAUACAAAACAUGCCACCUAUAAAAAUGUCCACUGCACAAAGUCGCCUUGAAAAAUAUCCUAAAAAAUGUGAAGAACAAAUUAAGGUUGAUGUAGAAAGCAAAUUGGAAAAACCAUGUGCUGCAUCGACAGAGUUGAUAAUUGAAGUUGAAGAUCCUAAACAUGAGGUGUUUGAAGAAGACAAGGACUAUAUUAACGAAUUAGAAACAUAUUUAAAACAUUUAAAUUUAUCCGAACCAUAUUAUGAGUACAUGGUAAAAAAAGAAAAAUCUGGGAAAAUACUUAAAAUAACGCACAUUUGUACAAUUAAGGUAAAUGAAAAAAGUGUGGGUAGUUCUUUCCCAGUUGAUUGUAAUACGCUCAAUUAUGCACAAAAAGUCGCUGCAAAACACGCUUUAACUACUUUAAAAAAGCAAUAUGGGGAAAGUGUUAUUUACCCAAUUACAAAUGAUAUUAAUGCAAUGGCAUCUUGCGUUAAAACGCUUUUACAACGAGGUUAUGAAACGACUGGCGUUAUGGGUGAUCUCUUAGAACGUAUGUAUAGAGAGGAAUUUCAUGAAAACUUGCCUGAUAAUUGGGAUCAGCUUCUAGGAGUUUUUAGUUACUUCACAUUUGAUAAGAUAGCAGCUGCUAAUAAACUUGUUAUAUAUCUUAAUGAAACUGAGAAUAAUCAACAAAAUGGUCAUGAAUAUUCAAAUCAAGAUUUUGCAGAAGAACAAAACUUUGUUCCAGGUACUCCAUUAUUAUUUGAAGACUACACGGAAAAAUCUGUUCUCGUUUCUGCCAACUAUGGUUCAGCUAGUGUUUGGAUUCGUUUGGUUGGACAGAGUGCAGAUGAAAACUUUAUUCAAAUGCAAGCAAAAUUCAAUGACACAAUGAACACAGCAGGGUUAAGUAUCCCGGAUCAAGUUAUUGAAGGUGAAUUUUAUGCUGUACUAUACAAUUCGUCUUGGCAUAGAGUACAAAUAUUUUCUGCUAAUAAUGAGGAUGGUAUGGCUACAUGUUUUAUGAUAGACACUGGCGAGCAAUUGAACAUUGCCAAAGACCAGAUUUGUUAUCUUGAACCAAUUUUUAUGAAACCUAAAACUCAGGCUAUUGAAUGUAUUUUAUCUCAACUGGAUAAUUUUGGCACAUUUGAUGGUUUAAAAGAAUUAUUGGAUGAGAUGAUAUUGAAUAAAACAUUCUUCAUUGUACCAGAUUCAUUAGAAGAAGGAUGUGCAAGGGUCACUUUAUAUGAAAAAGGAAGAGUUAAUGUAAAUGACAUGAUCAUUCAAAGAUUUUUAGAAAAAACUAGUACAAAGCUUCCAUUAUUUGAGGAUCAAGCUAUUGUGGAUGGAAAUGUAUCAUCAAUCGUUGAGUCUGGCCAUUUAUAUUUACAAUUAAAUAUUGACAUUGUUACAUCACUUGAAGAAAUCUUGCCAAACGAUGAAUUUUUAAACCCAGAAUUUUUUUUGAAGAGCAAGGAAGAUAUUAUAAAAGACAAAGUCUACAUAACAAAAUAUGAAGCUGAUAAUAUAUGGAGCCGUGUUCAAGUUCUUGAUAUAAUCAAUGACUCUGAAGCCAAGAUAAUUUAUAUAGACUAUGGCAAUAUUGCACAGUGUGAAAUUACUAAAUUAGCAAGUUUAGAAUUAUAUGAUCCGUUGUUGGCCAAAAUUGCCCCUCAGGCUAUAAAAGUAUCAAUGAAUUUUUUACCUCCAAAUACUAUGACUCCAGAUAUUGCCAACAAGAUAUUUACAAUAAUUGGGAAUGGUACAGUUUUAGUGAAUACAGUUAAUGCACCUAAUAACGAUGUGCCAUGUGUUCAACUUUACAAAACCGAACCAGAUUCACCCAAUACACCAUACUGCAUUAACAUACCAUUAUAUCAAAGCUUAAAGAAACAAUGAAUUUCCACCCUCAUAAAGGAUAUUUGAUUAAUUGUUAUUAUUUAAAUCUAAAUGUGUAGUUUGAUCUGAUGUUGUUACAUUAGUUUUAUACAAGUGUUAUUUUGAGAAAAUACUCAUCAUUUUUUAUUUUUUUUUAUUAUUUAAAGUGUACAAUCAUAAUCAUACUUGUUAAACAACAGUUGAGAAUUUACAACAAAAUGUAAUAUUUGUUUCAUUUGUAUAUACACUUAACAAUUAUUUAUAUCAAUUGCAUGUACUGGCUUCCAACUAUGCAACUGUUUAACAAGAUAAAAAUAAUUUGUAUUGAGUGAAAAACAAUAUUAUAACUUUGAAUUUAUAAUUUUUUAUGAUUUUGUUUUUAAUAUUUUUAGCAAUAAGACACAUUUAUAAUUAAAACAGGCUAACUUUUA